CGCACCGAGGCGAGGACUGGGAAUCAAGUUAGGGUUUGGGGCCACGCAGCUCGAGGUUUUUGCUCUGGUGCAGGCGAUCGCUAUUUUCAUAACGUAUCUGAUAGCUGCCUUCCGUUAUUUGGACGUCUGAUCUUCGAAUAUGCUUCCCUUAUCGCUUCUGAAGACCGCUCAAGGUCAUCCCAUGUUGGUGGAGUUGAAGAACGGGGAAACAUACAAUGGGCACUUGGUGAACUGCGAUACCUGGAUGAAUAUCCACCUCCGUGAGGUUAUUUGUACGUCAAAGGAUGGUGACCGAUUUUGGAGGAUGCCUGAGUGUUACAUUCGUGGGAAUACCAUCAAGUACCUUCGAGUUCCAGAUGAGGUGAUUGACAAGGUUCAAGAAGAGACCACCAAAAGUCGUACAGAUAGGAAGCCUCCUGGAGUUGGUCGUGGAAGGGGACGAGGAGGCAAGGAAGAUGGCAUUGGGCGAUCUGCCAAAGGGAUGGGUCGCAGCCAAGAUGAUACAAGCGGCAAAGGUGGUGGUCGCGGCAGGGGUGGAGUCGGCGGUAAAACUGGUGGUUCCAGAGGUGCAGGGCGCAGCCAUGGCUGAUACUCUGAAGCUGAAGGCGACCUCCUGUCUAAAUUGUUUCAAUAUUUCUUAAAUCCGAAGACUAUUUGGUGGAUGUUAACUGUCAGCUAUGUGAAUCAUCUACUUGAUGGAAUGCCUUUUCACCAUUGAA